UUUAACGACGAUGGACAAAUCUGAAAUUGAACCUAGAAAAAAUUUAUCGAGUCCAAUACCUGGAUUGACGGUAAACACAAAUUUAUUAAGAUAAAGCCAUAAUAAUGCCAGAUAUACCUGAAAUUUCAUUAUGUUCCAACAAUCGUUUUUCACCGACUCAAAUUGAAUCAUCAAAUCGUCAUAAUUAUUCAUAUCAACAACAACAAAAACAAAAAAGUCGACCCGAGUUAUCAUUAAUUAAAGAACAAUGCAGUACAACAACAAUUCCUAAUAAUAAUAAUAAUAAUAAUAAUUGUAGAUAUGAAAAUAAAAAAAAUAAUAGUAAUAAUAAUCAAGAAAGUUUAAAAAAACUAAAAUCAAUGCCCGAGUGUUGGACAGAUAAAUUUAAUAAACAACAGAAUGGUCAUGAUCUACGAUUUAAAUUUUACCAAAGGCUUAAAGAAACUAAAAAUAUUAUUCCUCUAUCUACAAAUAAAAUAUUAAUACCUAAUGGUGGACCUGUAUAUAAACAUAUAUCUGAAAAUUAUCUACAAAAUAAAUCUUCAUCACUUAAUAAUAAUAGUAAUAACAAUUAUCAAAAUAAUUGUGAUAAUUUAAAAUUACUAUUGUCAUUAAUUAAGUCACAAAAUCAACAAAUAAAGUCAUUAAAAAUUCAAAUGAAAGCAUUACUAUCAAUUUAUGAAAGGGAAAAAUAUAAUAAAAGAAAAGUUGUAUUACUUAAUUCACAUGGAAAUAAUUUAGAAUUAACUUCAAAUGACCCAAAAUUACAAGAAACAAAAGUAUCGAUAGGCGUUAUGACGAGUUUUGAGUUUACAUUAAAAAAAAAACCUAAUGAAUUAACAACAUCUAAGGCAAUUAUUAAUUUAUCAUUAAAUAAUAAUAAUAAUAAUAAUCUGAAUGUAUUAGAAUCGAAAAUCAAUAGUCCAGAACCUUUAAGAGAAUCUGAAACAAAACUCAUAACAAAUUCAAAUAACAAUAAAAAUAAUGGUGAUGAUGAAUGUUUACUUAUUGAUAAUAACAAUAGUAAACCAGUGGCUAAAUCAUCAUCUAAAGUAGGAUGGACUUUUUACAAUAAUAUGAUGUGUCAAGUAAAUGAGCUACUUGAUACUCAAAAUGAUAUUCAGUGUCAACAACAUCAUUAUCAUACUCAACAAUCAUUUAUUCAUGAUAGUGGACAGCAAAGAUCUAUGAUGCAACAAUGGAAGAUAUUUAAAGCUACUAUGACCACUGGAUUGACUGACGAUAAAAUAAUUUCUUCCGAUGAAAAGACUAAUUAUGAUUCGUCGUAUUAUCCAAGGGUACAUUAUAAACAAAAUAUUGUCCAGACAACUAAUUCAAUAAUUGAUGAUAAUACAAGCAUUCAUAUGCGUGCUCUAGCAUUUAAAUAUCUUGGUCAUAGUUAUGAUAAUACUAAUCUACAAGGAUUAAAUAAAUUAAUGAGUGUUAUUGGUAGCCCAAUUAAUAAUGGUGAUAACAAUCAUGAUACAUCAAUCAAUAAUAUCAUCAAUAAUGAACGAUAUCGUAAUUUAUUAGCUUUAAAAAAUACUGAUGAACCAUCAGGAUUUAAUUACGAAGGAUCGAAAGAACAUCAACAAAAUAUUUUAGAUAUUCCAGUAUUGAAACGUCAACCUAAAUUAUUGUAGUAAAAAUUACUAUCGGUUGUAUAUACAUUUAUUAAAAGUUAUUUAUAUACUAAAAUUUUUUAUUUUCAUAGCAUUU